AUGGCUAACAUCAUUGAACUUGGAGAGUCGGUGCCUGCUCUUACACCACAUGCAGCAAGUGUUUCUUUGCCAACAUGGAAGGACAACGUUGGAUAUGAGGAGGGCGAUCCUGCAGUUGUUGAUAAAAUGACUACGGGAUAUCCACGAUUUUUUAUACACAAGUCAAUUGAAGCUUUUGCACAAGAUAUUGUGAAGAAAUUCGGAAAAGGCGACCAGUUGGCAAUGCUUUUCCCCACUCACCGCGCAGCUCAGAGAUGCGUCGGAUUCAUGCACUCAAGAGACCCUACGAUAUCUUUCCAUGAAUUAGGAAUUUUUGGGCUUGUAUUGGACAGAAGCAAGUCUAUUUCCAAAUCACUCGCUAACGUCUCACCUUCAAUUUCGGCCGUGAUCUACCACAAAGAUCAUUUUCCUAUCGCGAAGCAGUACUGGCAACACUCGGGCGACGGGGUUUCUAGCAGGCGUGCCGAAUUUUGCCAUGGGCUAUUUCAAGAAGGAGUACUUGUUGAUGAGAGGAGUCUUCAGCCCAUAAUUAAUGGUUCUAAUAGGUCAAAUGAGUAUCAAAAAUCCUGCAAAGGUCCUAGAAGAUAUCAAAAAGCUUCUAUAGACUCCACUCCCAAGAAGGGCUUGGCCGAGAAGUCAAAAACACCCGCGGAACCCGAGAGCCGAGAGAGUUCUCAGUUCUUGGAGGAAAGAUUUGGACGUAAUCUUGAUGUUUCGUUGGUCGACAAUGCAAGAUCUGCUGUGAGAAGGCGUAUUGCAGGGUCUCUAGUUGGAGAAAUUGAACUGACUCAGACCCUACGACCAGAGACACCUUCAAAUGCGCGCGGUGUGGCGGGAUUAUCUGAAGACGAUGUCUACUUGUAUCCAUGUGGGAUGAACUCGAUAUUUAAUGCACAUCAGAUGAUGAUGGAAGCGCGAGGGCCAUUGAAAAGUAUUUCCUUUGGCUUCCCUUACGUCGAUACACUUAAAAUCCUGCAGAAGUUCGGCCCAGGCUGCAUAUUUUACGGUAAUGGAUCAUCAGAAGACCUAGACGAUCUUGAGGCGCGUCUCAAGUCGGGCGAGAAGUAUCUCGCUCUUUUCUGCGAAUUCCCUGGGAACCCUAUGUUAAAAUGUCCAGACCUUCAAAGAAUCCGCCGGCUGGCUGACACGUAUGAUUUCGGUGUGGUGGUCGAUGAGACCAUUGGCAAUUUCGUCAAUGUACACGUUCUACCAUACGCAGACUUAGUUGUUACCAGCUUAACAAAGAUCUUCUCUGGGGAUUGCAAUGUUAUGGGUGGUGCUACAAUCAUCAACCCUAAAGCGAGAUAUUACCACGCACUUAAAAAGGUCAUGGAGUUGGAGUACGAAGACAACUAUUGGGUUGAGGAUAUUAUUUUUAUGGAACGAAAUAGUCGCCAUUUCGUAUCUCGGAUAGAGAAGAUAAACGACAACGCCAUAAUGAUUUGCGAUAUUCUCCGGAGUCACAGGCUCGUCAAGGACUUAUAUUAUCCCAAAUACAAUUCUUCAAAGGAUUGUUAUGACGCUUGUAAAACGCCAAAGGGUGGGUAUGGUGGUCUCUUGUCGUUCGAGUUCCAUACCAAACCACAAGCUAUUGCAUUUUUUGAUCAGAUAAGAACAGCGAAAGGACCGAGCUUGGGAACCAACUUUACCCUGGUGUCACCAUAUGUACUCUUAGCACAUUUCACGGAGCUUGACUGGGCAGCACAGUUUGGUGUGCCAAGCGACCUAAUACGGGUUAGUGUUGGGCUGGAAGAUGGAGUAGACUUGAAGAAUAUCUUCGCUGAUGCGUUGAAAGCCGCCGAAGAAGUUACAUCUAGAGAGAACUGA